GCGCAUGCGUAGUGCCGGAGAAGAGAGAUCGUGCUUCCGUUAGCGUCCAGAGCUAGCGGGCAGGUCUGUUGGGGAACAAACUGUGGGGGAGGCGACCUACGCAGUGUGGACAGACAACCAGAUAUCGGCGACUCCAGAUAUCCCAGAUAAUCCUUGAGCUAACCAUUAUCCCUCCAUGCUGGCCAAGAACGGGAGAUAACGUUAAUAGCUUCUCACUGCCGCCUCAAUUAGCUACUAUCCAAGACAGAGCGGGGAGACGGCGUUUUGGUCAAUAUCAGAUUUUCUUGUUAAAACCAAGAGUUACUGCAACCCUGAACUAAUCAAAGAAUGAGGUUGCCGACUAGCAGACAUUGUGCGAUUGAAGGAGAUGGAAAGAAAAUGGAUCAACGUCCCCCGAUCAGAAACCCUUUUGUGCACGUCUUGAAAUUUACACCAAUGGAAAAGGCAAAGAUUGCAAUAAUGACAGUCACUCUAUUCCCUAUUCGUCUACUCAUCGCUGCAUUCAUGAUGCUGCUGGCGUGGCCGUUUGCCUUUGUCGCCUCAGUGGGGCGCUCCGAGACCACCGUCGAACCCCAGUGCCUCUGGAGAAGGGUGGUGGACAUCAUUUUAAGAUUCAUCAUGCGGGCAAUGUGGUUUGCGGGGGGUUUUCAUUGGAUGACGGUGAAAGGGCAAAGAGCACUGCCUGCAGAAGCACCAAUCCUCACCCUGGCUCCCCACUCAUCUUACUUUGAUGCCAUCCCAGUUACAAUGACAAUGUCCUCAAUUGUCAUGAAAGCUGAGAGCAAGGACAUACCUCUCUGGGGCACUUUGAUAAAGUACAUCAGGCCUGUAUUUGUAUCACGAUCAGACCAGAACUCGAGAAAGAAGACUGUGGAAGAGAUCAAACGGAGAGCCCAUUCUGGAGGAGAAUGGCCUCAGAUUAUGAUUUUUCCAGAAGGAACUUGCACCAACAGAUCCUGCCUCAUCACCUUUAAGCCAGGGGCCUUUAUCCCUGCUGUCCCAGUGCAGCCUGUGGUGAUUCGGUAUCCUAAUAAACUGGACUCAAUCACAUGGACCUGGCAAGGACCAGGAGCAUUUGAAAUCUUAUGGCUGACACUCUGCCAGUUACACAACGAGUUUGUGGUAGAGUUUCUUCCUAUUUACACCCCUUCUGAGGAGGAGAAGAAGAAUCCUGCUCUUUUUGCUAUCAAUGUGAGACAAGUUAUGGCAAAAGCCUUGGGAGUGCCCAUCACAGACUACUCAUUUGAAGACUGCCAGCUGGCGAUGGCGGAUGGCCAGCUGAGGCUGCCAGUCGACACCUGUCUGCUGGAGUUUGCCAGGCUUGUCAGGAGGCUGGGAGUGAAACCGCAGACCUCUGAGAAGGUUUUGCAGGACUAUGGGAACCGAGCCAGGAAGCUAGAGAGACAGAAACUUGGCUUGGAAGACUUCGCUCACUUCCUCGAUGUGCCGGUUUCAGACGUGCUGCGUGACAUGUUUGCUCUGUUUGAUGAGCAUGAAGAUAACAACAUGGAUGUUAGAGAGUUCGUGAUAGCCUUAUCUGUAGUUGUCAGACCUGCCAAAACUCUGGAAACGAUGGAACUGGCCUUCAAGAUGUUUGAGGCAGAGGAGGACGGUGCCAUCACAGAACGAGAGCUGGCGGUUAUACUGAAGACUGCUCUAGGGGUGGCUCUCCUCAACGUUUCAUAUCUGUUCUCCGCCAUCGAUGCCGACGACACUGGGAAGAUUACUUUUGAUAAGUUCAGAGCUUUUGUGGAGGAGAACCCAGACUUCGCAGAGGAGUAUCUUUUCACAGAAAAUGCAGGCCUUCAGAGCGGACCCUGCCACGGUCAGCAGAAGCAGCCCAGCUCACCCAGCCUGAACCUGCAAAGCACUGCCACCAGCAAAACCGCCAAUGGUAUCUGCCCCGACUUCAGCCCGAGAGACCACGAUGGCACAACAGAUGCACUCUCCAAGAAACACAACUAAGGUUUACAAAUGCUGAAGGGAGAAAAACAUCCAGCUCCUCUCCUGGUGAGAGGAGUCAGAGUUGAUGAGCAGUGGUUGGUCAGCCGUUAGUUUCAUUAACCACAACUACAAAAGUGAAGUUUGCCCCCUUCUUAUUUGUGUCGUGUCCACAAAACGAAUGAUUGUUUUCAGGCUUUAUCAGUUUGUUACGAGUUUAGAUUUUUUAAUAGGAAGAAUUGUCCUAAUGCCAAAUAAUGGCUCUUGUUUUUGGAUACAAUGCUUGAAUACUUGAAGGGCAAGCACUUAAUAGGAUUUCUGGGGCAUAAAUGCUUUUUUUUUUUUACAUUGUGCAUGUUUUUAAACUCAAAGGAACUGAGACAAAAAGUUAGCCCUAGAAUUUUGACAUGAACACAUAAUUUCAGUGUUUAUGGUUUAUUUUAUUGUUAUUUGUUAUCCAUUAGCCUACUUUAAUGGUUGCUGCCAUUUGGAUUGGAAGUGCAGAGUGACCAUGCUCAUCCUACGUUUAUUUAUGUUAGGAAGGAAGGCCAGAGGGAACCGGUGACGACCGCUGGACGGCUUGAAGCGCAUAGCUUUGGUAGCCACGUUUGAGGUUCCCUCUGACUAUUGUAUGUUGAUGAUCAUAGCUCCUCCUGUGAGUGUGUUUGUGUGUGUGCCUGCGCGCGUGCAUGUGUGAUAUUGGAUUUAGCUCAGGGUUAAGUAACAAAGUAACUGCUAUGAUGUCAUCCUUUUUAACGCUCUAUGGAUUCACGUGCGUAUAAUCUUUUUUAUUUUUUUUUUGCACAGCAUCAGUCCUCUCCCCUGUCUUCAUUUCUCUCAUUAACAGUUAUUUUUUUCUUAUUCAUUUUGAUUCUUAUCACAAAACUUGGACCAAAAAUGCAUACGGUGAUUUCUCGUCAUGUUUGUGUCAAUGGUGUAUCACUUGAAAGGGAAUAUUUCAGAUUUGUCUGGUUGGUUGGGUACUUUCCUCUCAGCGUUACGUACAUAAAAGCAUUGAGUUCCAAAAAUUCCACCUACUGUGAAAAGUUUUUCUUGCCAUUCUUCUGAUCUGUACAAAAAUAAAACUGGCUGUUUUUCAUUACUUAAAGUAUCUCACUGGGCGCAAAAUUUGUAUGGUUUCUAAAAUGCCUCGAAACAUUUGCGAGAGGUCCCACAGGGCCUCGCUCUUGGAUUGCUGAAAUUUUGACAACGCUCAAAAAUGUCAGACAAAAUUAUUAAAUUGAGUCGUCCUGAGAAAUUUUAAGAGGGGUUGGUAACUUUUGAAGAGAAUCUGGGUGUAAAUUACACACAAGCGGAGAUAAUUUAUGACUAAAUGUUGAGAGAUGUUGCAGUUCACGCAGAUGUUACCAAUUCGGCAUGAUCAGAAUAAAAUAAAUUCUACCACUUUUCACAUUUUUCAUAUCAAUACUAUAAGAUUUCAAAAGCAAACAUCCACCUCUGUCUGGGUUCUUUAUCUCACAACAUGCAUUCAUUUAAUCAUAAGCUUCAAACUGUGGAUUGUUUAGAAUUGAGGCUAACAUCUAGCCUGCAGUGAUCAGGUAAAGGUGGGAUGCCUUUACAGUCUAAAAUACAUUGAAAUGCGUUACCUUAAGUCAGACAGCCAAAUAAAACGCCGGUCUGUCGGGUCUUUUGUCUAAGUUAUAAGAUUAAAGUCCCACCUUUAACCCUAAUGAUCAACUGGCUGAAACACAAUGGCACACGUUGUGUUGCUGCUGUCAGACAUUACAGUGCUUUGCGUCAUGCUCUUUACUGUCUAAUCAAAGGGAAUGCCUCUCAUGGGUGGAUGAAACGAGACACUUAGCCAUCUGACUCCUUCAACAACAUUGAAUGUUUUCCUCUCAUUUGUCCUCGUUUUGACUUUCAGUGAAGCAAUAUUUCAUCUUUCAAGCCUUCUCAAGAUGAAUGCUUUUAAAAAGAAACCUAAAGUUCUGAUAUGUAUUUUGAAUAUUCCAGAUGCAGGACAUUUUGUGAAUUUUUGAUAUACGUAUAUGACUGAUUUUUAUUUUCACUGCCAUAACAAAGAUCUGUGAUCUUCUCUGCUCUGCAGAUUGUACCGAUAGUGACAAUGAAGCCACAUUUAUUUCCUCUCUUUUUGUAAAACACUCCGGUUGUUUAGUGCUGUGCUCCUCUACGCAGUGUAAGGUUUGCUGUGUUAUUAAUAUUAUUGCUAAGUUUGACUGCUUAGAAACAAAAAUGCAGAUUUCAUAUGGAAACCAAUAGCCUUGAAAGCCUCUAUGGAAUUUUUACGCUUACAAAACAAAAUCCACAAAAAACAGAAUGUACAGACAAUCUGUCACCAUCAGACGCUCGAAUGCUCUGGUCUCACGGUUUUCCUAAGAAACGACCAUUUUCAGAUGUCUGCUGUUAAAGGCGUGCAGGUGGAACACAAGUGCGAGUGUGUGGAGUGAAUCGGGCCCUGAGGUGAAGUACCGCCACAUGACGGGCUCCCCUACACACACACACACACACACACACACACACACACACACACACACACACACACACACACACACAUGAUUUAUGACAAUCAAAGUAUUGUCCUCUUGUUGCUUUAUUCCCACUCAACUUGUAUCUGUGCUUGCACUUUAGAAUGUUUUAUUUUUUUUAAAAAGCUGUGACACUGCUCUCUGUAGCAUGUUGAGUUUGUAGGUGAAAGUAUUGUAACGCUCACUUUUUAACAGGUUUGGUGUUGAUACUUGCUUCUACAAUGGGAGCCCCGGGGUAAUUGAGGAUCACAUAAUGCGAGUCGCCCCUCGUAGACGUUAGCUGAACCUCGUCCUAUGCUGUCUCAGGUCUGUGUAAAUUGAGUAGCUUAAAAGUGAAUUUACAGACUUGGCAGAAAUGUAGAGUGGAAUGAUUUGAUCACGUUUGCACCAUGACUUAGAAAAGUAUUAUUAAUCCUCCUUUGUGAUUGUCAUGUUACAGCACAUUGCUAAUGAUACAGUUCACUAUGUAUGAAGGAAAUUAGUUUUGUGUGUACUGAUGGGAAAUGUAGUAAAUACAAUUAGAAACUAUUGAUACGUACCCGACCCAGGAUAAACCACCGAGCCUCAGUACUCCCUUUAAACACAGAAUCUCACUGCAUCAGAACAUUUAAACUUUCCCAGUAUUUAAAUAACGACGUGUGUAUGUUGGGCUGCAUGAAUCAGAUUUUUUUUGUCACUUGCCCCUCUAGAGUUUAAUUUCUUUUUUUUUUUAAACAUGAUAACAACAUGAGAAAUUAUAAACCUGCAAGAAAGACUUGUAUUUAUGCUGUUGCGGCCUGCUUGUCCCCCUCUGUUUGUCCUACGGUGAGCCCAAGACGAAAGACUUGUGUACUCUCGACAGAGCGAUGUCGUCUUUCUGAUGGCUCAUUGUAUCUGAAACAACACCCUGAACUGUUUCUGCCUUUAGUUUUAUUUCCUGUCAGUUUUCUAUACUGAACAAGUUUUUAUGUUAUUGCAUUUUGAUGACGCGUCCUUCCAGCGAGCCGUUUAGAAGUGGUUCAAAAUGGCUGCUGUGUAACUUUUCUUGUGACUUUUGGAUGGAAAUAAAGAAGCGUCAACACCU